UUAAGAUGGCGCUUCUCCUGGCCCUUUCCUCCGUCCUGCUUCUGGUCGGUCCCGCUCUGGCCCAGAGCCCGGACAUGUCCUACGAAGACUAUAUGGCCCAGUUACAGGCCUGUCCCAAAGAGUGCCGCUGUCCGCCCAGCUUCCCCAACGCCGUCUACUGCGACAACAAGGCUCUGAAGCGCAUCCCCACCAUCCCCCCACACACCUGGUAUCUGUACCUGCAGAACAACCUCAUCGACGUACUGUCAACAGAUGCUCUCCGCAACGCCACGCAGCUGCGCUGGAUCAACCUCAACCGCAACCGCAUCACCAGCGAGGGCAUGGAGGAGGGUGCCCUGGCCGCCAUGCUCCGCCUGGUCCACCUCUACAUGGAUGACAACCUGCUGAGCUCCGUCCCGGCCAACCUGCCCUCCAGCCUGGAGCAGCUGCGCCUCACCCGCAACCGCAUCUCCAAGAUCCCCGCCGGGGUGUUCUCAGGUCUGGAUCGGCUGACACUGCUGGAACUGCAGGGGAACAAGCUCCAGGAUGACGCAGUGACCGAGGUGAGCCUCAAGGGCCUGAGCAACCUGGUCCAGAUCAACCUGGCCAAGAACCAGCUUACCACCAUGCCCCUGGGCCUCCCCAUCACCAUCACCCAGCUCUUCCUGGACAACAACGCCAUUGAGAAGAUCCCCGCUGACUACUUCAAGGGUCUACCCAAGGUGGCCUUCCUCAGGCUCAACCGCAACAAGCUGGGAAACGGCGGACUGCCCAAGAACGUGUUCAACAUGUCCAGCAUCCUGGACCUGCAGUUGUCCCAUAACCAGCUAACUCAGGUUCCUAUGAUCCCAUCAGGCCUGGAACACCUCCACCUGGACCACAACCAGAUUAAGAGUGUGAAUGGAUCUGAUAUCUGCCCUGUGUCGGCUGAUGCUCUGGAGGGCUAUGUCACUGAGACCGCUCCUAAACUCCGCUACCUCCGUCUCGAUGGCAAUGAGAUCAAGCCACCGAUACCCAGAGACCUUAUGGUGUGCUUCCGUCUCCUCACGUCCAUCGUCAUAUAAGAAAUACACUUCCACCAGCCAAUCGCAUUUAGCUAUAGUCUCCCGGAUCCAAGGGCAGAUGAUUACUAACGAAUGGAAGUGACUAUAUGGAUUUUUGAUCUGUGGACUACUCAUUUGCAUACUUAUGUUGAGAACCACAUAUUAGACGCCAGGGUUGGGGUCAAACCAAACUCGGUCAAUUUAACCUGUCUAGGAUCAGCGUGGCGCUAGCGGCACACCCCCCCCCC